AUGACCGUGCAAAUUGUAGGGGAUAGCUCAAAAGAGCAGGUGUGGAUAUUUGGCUUUGGCUCUCUGAUCUGGAAAGCAGGAUUCGAGUACAGCAAACGAGUGGAAGGUUACAUCAAGGACUACAGGAGAGUAUUUUACCAGGGAUCCACAGACCACAGGGGCAUUCCAGAGGCACCAGGCCGGGUGGUGACUCUAGAAGCCAGCCCUGGUGAUUGCUGCUGGGGUGCGGCCUACCUUCUGGCCGGCAGCUAUGAGGAACAGCAGAACACUCUGCAGUAUUUGGAGUGGAGGGAGAAGCAGUAUGACCUGAGGGUCAGGGUCAACGUGUACGGAAAGGAGAGCAGUGACGAGCCCAUUGUGAAAGGGGCGCUCACGUACAUCGCCUCAGAGGAUCGCACAAAGAACCUCAAUUACCUUGGGACGGCGCCAGCAGAGGUCAUUGCGCAGCAGAUAGCCUCAGCUGUCGGGCCCUCCGGCCCAAACUAUGAGUAUCUGUACGGUCUUGCACAAGCACUGGAACAGGUGAUGCAGUGGCCACCUGUCUCUUCUUCCAGUGCAUUCACAAGCCAGAAAAUUGCACCUGUCAUGUACAUGGAAGCUCUUUGUAACUAG